CUUUGGUCGUCGUGAUUGUAUUCUACAUCACAUGGCUCAUCUCGGCUACACUCAACAACUGAGAGAAGUACUCGGGAUUUCUGCAGGCAAUGUGAAUAGGCGAGACCCGGACGGCAAUACUCCACUUCACGUGUUGUUAGGAGCUGACCAUUCAUACCGAGAUCACACAGAUGCAACACGUUAUUUAUUAACGUAUGGGGCGGAUGCCAAGUUAACAAAUGAGAAUGGUCAAACUCCAGCUGACAUGUAUGUGCGCAACACAUGUAGGAAGUACGAUUCUAGAAACAGAAAAGAACAGAAAGAAAUGCUCAUGCGUCUCUUACAAACGGAGAAUGUUCCAAUGGAAAUCUUGGCGCGUGGGCACGAAGCAAUGGAGGCAUUUAAUGAUGCUCUAGCUGAGGGAGAAGCAGAGAUUAAUCAAGGAAGGACAGUUUUCAUGGGCCUCGAGAGAGUCGGCAAGACUUCUACUAUCAAGUCAUUCUUAAGGAAUACUUUUGAUCCAAAUGAGGAUAUUACGGACGCAAUUGCCAACACAACGGUUUGCACCCAUGAAUUCCACGAUGAAUUAAAUUGGAAGGAAACAUCACCUGAUCAUUCUGGAACCAAUAGCAUGUAUGAAGAGAAAAUGGUGGAUUCAAUAGCGAAGAAAAUAUUCGAAAAGUCAAACAAGGAGAACGUAGAAGUAACAGAACAAGUGAGAUUUACACGCUAACUAUUUAGUGAAGUUUCAUGUAUAUAUUUUUUUUUUUGUUAAUUUAAUGAAUGUAAUUGCAAGUACUUAAUAGUUAGGAUAUUUCUUAUUUCUUUUUGUUUAUUUAUUUCAAGGGCCUGU